AAGUAAGCGGGUUUUCCUGGGCACGCAUUCCAUCACCAGGAGCACAGCCACACCUCUUUUUCCUGCCCAGCCCUGGCAGAGGUUUUUUUUGGGGAGGUGGGGCAAGUCUUUAAAAGCCUCCUUCAACAGGAGUUUGCUUUUUCACACACUUAAUAUUUUGAAACACUUCAGCUCUGGUUGGACUUUUCUCUCACUGAGAUCUACCCAGCUUGUUUACCAGGAUGACCAAAUCUAAGUCAUCAUCGACAACUAUCAAUGUCAUCCUUGCUUUGCUGGCCUUGUGGUCAAUCAUCUCACUUAUUAUAAUAGUGGUGUGGGCCACCUCACCAGACAUGAAGGGGGCCAGUCAAUGCAACGCUGAACGUAAGACUCUUGAGCAAAAGUAUAAUGAAGAAAAGUCUGUGUGGGGCAAGGACCGACUCGCGCUGGAAGAGCUUGUGAGGCAAGGCUGGAACAACAAGAGCCUGUUGCUGAGUCAUAUCGACUUGCUGAAGAACCAAACGCAAGUACUUAACCAAUCCCUGGAAUCAUGCACAGAGGAGAAUGCUCUGCUGAGUUCAAACAUCACUGUGCUGGAGAGCGAAAUCGAACUGCAUAAAGCCACAGAGGCCAACCUGACUGCCGAAAACUUGCAGAAGCAAGAGAUGAUCGAACUGCUGGAGCUUAAUCUGACCCAGACCAUCAGCGAGUGGCAUUCUUGUAACAGUUUGCACCAGGCUGCUCAGAUGCUUCAAACAGCAGCGGAGAAACAAAGGGACGGCUGCCAGAGUGGCAAGCUGAACCUACAGAAGCAGCUUGAGAAGUGCAAAAAAACUGAACAAGCACAGCAACAUAAUGAGGUAUUUAUUCCUCCUCAAGCUGACUCUCCUAAUGACGGACCCGUCGGACCAAGAAGUGGUUUUACCCUGGUCAUCAUGGUUUGCAUCAGCCUGCUUUUGAUACCUUAGUGGAGCUGAGAAGAUUUGGUACAUAUUUCAGUACAACACUGUUUCAAGACACCGGAAUAAAGAGAGAACGUAACCUGGACUUGAAGCAUUCAUUACUUUUGCAUUGAAAAGCACUGCUGUAUAAAAGAUAGGAUUGUUCUCUAUGCUGAAAGAGGAUAUCACUGCACGUUAUGUUUAGAAUGAAGAGAAGUAUAUAGAUUUUUUAUUUGAUUUAAAUUCCAUGUUAGUGAUAAUGAAAUCAACACAGGCUUUUAGCAUUCAUUAGUAUUUUGUGUUUUAGCCUAAAACUAAUU